UACCUUUCACACACCACGAUUAUUUUCUCUGUAACAGCUAUGAGCAUAGAUCCUCGAAAGGUGUUUCGCUUUGCGCUUCCGGAGGACCCAAUGCACGAUUCUGAACUUGAAAAUGCAUACAACCAACAAUAUAUCCGCGAUCGACGCGUCAUUGGUUAUGAUCCACUGGUGCAACCUGCCCUACUCCGCCAUGAGAUCGUCUCUUCUCUCAAGGCUCAAAAGACCAUUGCUUCGGCUCGUUACUCUGCAGCCCGAAUCCUCGCUGGCCACGAUGACCGCGUUUUGGUCAUUGUAGGACCAUGCUCGAUUCAUGAUCCUCAGCAAGCAAUGGAAUACGCAACUCUGCUCAAGUCAAAAACCUUCGAUUGGCCGAACUUGCUGGUUAUCAUGCGGGCAUACUUGUGCAAACCGCGCACCACAGUUGGCUGGAAGGGGCUUAUCAAUGAUCCAGAUAUCAAUGGUUCUUUCCAGAUUAACAAAGGCCUUCGCAUUGCCCGACAGUUAUUAUGUGACAUUGCAGAUUUGGGCCUGCCUGUUGGCUCUGAGUUGCUGGAUACUAUUUCACCCCAAUAUCUGGCAGAUUUGCUAUCGUGGGGCGCCAUCGGAGCAAGGACAACAGAAUCUCAGCUCCAUCGCGAACUUGCCUCCGGCGUUUCAUUUCCUAUUGGAUUCAAAAAUGGUACAGAUGGAAGCGUUUCUGUUGCUAUAGACGCGAUGCACUCUUCCGGGUCGCCUCACGCUUUCAUGGGCGUCACUGAACAAGGGCUGGCAGCGAUCGUCAAGACUCGGGGAAAUACUGAUACACAUAUCAUUCUUCGUGGCGGAACGCAAGGCCCAAACUAUAGUAGUCAACAUGUCAAACAGGCCAUCGAAGCAAUUACCGACAAGAAGGAAUGGGCCAGUAUCAUGAUUGACUGCAGCCACGGUAACUCCAGAAAAAACCACCACAACCAAGCAUUAGUGCUCACCGACGUUUGUGAUCAGCUUGCGGCUGGUUCACGAAACAUCACAGGGGUCAUGGUUGAGUCCAAUAUAAAUGACGGGCGACAGAAUGUCCCCAUUGAAGGUCCAGAAUUCCUUCAACAUGGUGUGAGCAUCACCGAUGCUUGUGUGAAUUGGACGACGACGGUGGGUAUGAUGGAUGCGCUUAACAAGGCUGUGGAACAAAGACGUCAAACGAACACAGGGGUGCAUGUAUAA